CUUUUGGUUCCCUUUGAAUUCCAAAGCACGCCAUGUCGGUGGCCUGUGGUGUGGAGCAGUCGGCUGUGCUGCCGACUAUCUUUGGGCUGGGGGUCGCAGUGUGCGCCGUUUGCGCCUACCGAGCUCAGCACGGGACUUUCGGCCGGGAGCGGCAGUGGCGCAAGCGCCGGGCCGGGGAGCUCCUGGGAGUUGAGGAGGCAUCACCGGAGCCCAAAGCGCUCGGCAAAAGCGUGGCGCCUUCAGUGGAAAAGAAGGAGGAGCUCGCGAGCUGCCACGCCGCGCGGGCCAUCCACGAGGACCGGGUUGUGCUGCUGGACCGGGACGGGUAUCUGGAGGCCAAAGCCCAGCUGCGGUAUGUGAGCGGAGCCUUCCUGGGUGCCUGCCUCGCGGCAGUGGCGCAGCCCGGGGGUGCUGACAUGGUCUUUGCGGCCCUGCGGCUCCUGUUCCUGGCGCUGCUGGCGGCGGACUUCGCCUUCACGGCCGGGGGGCAGCUGGGCGGCGGACUGCUGAGCGUCCAGCGCCAGGGGCUGCGCAAGGUGCCACUGCUGGGCCGCGAGGCCAAGGAGGACCUCCUGGUGUCGUCUCUGGGGCUGGGGGCUUGGCCUUUGGAGCGCCUGCGCCUCGCGCUGCUCCAAGUCGCGGGCCUGGGGCUGCUGCUGUGGUUCGAGGUAUUUCGGCACCCGGCGCUGCGGAAAAGCGCGUGCGGUUCUGAGGGUGCCGCCGCCCUGCUGGCGGAGCGCGGCAGCGCGCUCACCAUGGUGCUGGCUUGGCUCCUGGGAUCCCUGGCCAGGGUCACCGCCUGGCGCUGCGAGGCCUGCGUGUGGCUGGCGCCUCGAGCGGAAGAGCUGCUCGCGGAGUAUCUGGAGACCGAGAGGGGCUUCCCGCUCCGCGGCGCGCUGGACCUCGCGGAGAACUUGUGCGGCGCGCACGGGGAGAGCUGGCUGCGGGAACUGCGGUCCAUGUCGCUGCUGGUGAUGGAUGGAUCUUCUCAGCUGCGCGCCUGCAACGGCCUGGCGCAGCUUCAACAGCUCGGGGAAGUACAGCGUGAUCUCCAUGCCGAAGUCCGACGCCUCAGCCAAAUGGCGGAGGCGCGGUUUGAGGAGCUGCAGCGGACGCAUGCGGCGGCGGCGAAUGGGACGGCACAGGUUCUUCCCCGGGCGGGGGCGGAAACCCGCAGCUCGCGGCGGUCUUCGAAGGCUUCGAGAGAGGAGCUGCUGAAGACCAAGUUGGACCAAGCAAGGGGCGCCGAAGUUCGUGCGAAGCCUUCAGAUUCCGGCGAGUCUUCCUCCUCCCCCCGCGCCGUCGACGCCUCCUCCACCGCCCCCUCCGCCGCGCGGCACACGGACGUGUCCCCGCGCGUGCGAGCGGACCUGGCGCAGGGUGGGGCGUUGGCGAGGCUUAUGGAACAGGCACUGCAGACGCAGAGGCCGGAGCAAAAGGCGCAGACGCCUCGGGAGGAGUUCAGGUCAGUGGGCUCCAUGGCCAGCGUGGGCUCCAGCGAGCGGUCCAUGUCCCAAGGCAGCCGGCGCGGGCCCAAGCGCUACAGCGAGCUGCGGAAGAUCACCAUGGAGCAGCGAGCCGCCGCAAAGGCUUCUCAAUGGAAGACUCUUCUGGCGCCGGCGCCUCCCUCGCCGCCCUGGAACGUCCAGUCGGUGUCCUCUCCCUUGGGCACUGCUCGACCCGCCUCGCCCCAGUGGAGCGACGCCAACGAGGCUUCUCAAGCGUGAGCCUUGACCAACACGGUCGUAGAAGCUAAUGUGUGACGCUCUCUGUGAGCUGAGUGGUGCAUGCUGAAUGGUGAACAGAGCGCCAACCAGCUCAGGAGAGAGUACAGGUUCAUCAAUGGGGGUUGAUCAACA